AUGGCCGAAGAGGGACAGGUGAUCAGCGUCCACUCCGUUGACGAGUGGAAGCAGCGUAUCCAGGAGAGCGUCGACAGUAAGAAACUGGUGGUUGUUGACUUCACGGCUUCAUGGUGUGGGCCGUGCCGUUUCAUUGCUCCGAUCUUGGCUGACAUUGCCAAGAAGACACCCCAUGUUAUAUUCCUCAAGGUUGAUGUGGAUGAACUCAAGGCCGUGGCUGAGGAAAAUCAAGUGGAGGCUAUGCCCACCUUUUUGUUCUUCAAAGAGGGAAAGGUAGUCGACAAGAUUGUUGGUGCAAAGAAGGAGGACUUGCAGCUGACAGUGGCUAAGCAUAGUACCAUUACUGCUUGA